GGCAAGAUGGCGUCUUUAAAGUGUUGUUGUUAAUGUCAGAUUUUGUUUUAAUAGGCCGUUAUUACCUAACCAAGCUCAUUUAUUCAGUACGAGUAUGUGUGAUGGAUCGAACUGGAAUAUUAGUGAAGUGAAUGUUAUUGAAGAAGCAAGUAAUCCAGUAAGAACCAAAAAAGAUCAGCUAAACCUGGCUCACCUAUCACUUGUCUGGGUCACCACUGUGCCUAGGCCCAUAUUCAACCAACCUACAGCUACCAAGAGAGAAAAAAGUUCAAGAAUUCCUUCAGUAGUCAUCUUCUUGGGCUUCUCCAUUCCUUGCUGUCUAAGGAUCCCUUUCCAUUGAAGAAGGAAAAACUACAAAGAUGGCGACAACACACACAGUGCGAACUGUGGGCAGCAUACCCUCCAAGUAUGUGCAGAGGAAGCGAAUGAGGAUGCGACCUACAACUGUGGGAUGCCAUCGAGUGGCUCUUAUCCAUGGAGACCCAGAGCACAAGAUUGAUGAGUUCAUGCUGUACAGUUACAUUGCCUUAGGAGGCGUCCCUCACCAUCCUUCACACCACCACCACACAGUGCGGCGGAAACAGUCUUUUAUGCAGAAGUACCAACCACUGAGCCACAACUUUGCCGAUUAUGUGCUAACAAGAUCUCGGGGCUGCAGCCGGCAUGAGUACCAAAGCAUCAAUGAGGAGUUUGGCACAAGGCACAUGUUAACCACAGGCAUGUUUCGAGAGAGACCCAUUCCACUCAACAGGAUAAACAAGGUUUUCUGCUCUCAGUGGCUGAGUGACCACCAGAUAGCUAUGGGGACUAAGUGUAACAAGUUGAUGGUAUAUGACGUGAACACACGCCAGAUGGAUGUGAUCCCUUCACUGCGGAGCUCAGAGCCCCACCGUCCGCAGGAUCAGCAGUGUGGGAUCCAUUCCAUUGAAAUCAAUCCCUCACGUACCCUCCUGGCUACUGGUGCACUUAACUCCAAUGACAUUGCUGUCUAUCGCUUGCCUACACUUGAUCCAGUCUGUGUAGGUGAAAAGGCCCAUUCAGACUGGAUCUUUGACAUGUGCUGGCUGGACGACCAAUUUCUUGUGUCAGGCUCAAGGGAUACACGGCUUGCCCUCUGGAAGAUUGAUGAUGACAUUGAUAUGAGCAACUCAAGCAACCUUCCCAACUAUGGCCACAUCAAGCCUGUCAAGAUCAAGAAGUGUAAUGGUGCAGAGAAAGUGCGAGCAGUCAUCUUCAACCCAAACUUUGUAGAGAUUGUGGCACUCUCACUCAAUGCCUACCUCCAUGUAUGGGAUGCCAACCGUUUUGUACAGAAAAUGUCCCGCAAACUCCCACAUGCUAUGGAGAAUGUUUGCCUCACUGUCAAAGAGGACAGUUCCCUCUAUGCAAUCGGAUCCAAGUCCCACACCACGUUGCUAGACCCUAGAACACUGCACUACAUUAAAAAG